AUCAAAAGAGUAAAAAUAGUACGUGACGUCAUGCCCACGUAUAAAAGCCUCUGCGCCUCGAAUCUGUUUUAUUCGGAGGUUUUGUACAGUGCAGAAGAACACACCAAUUAUAUUUUGUCGAAUUUAUUGAUCAUCAUGCAGAUCUUUGUAAAAACCCUCACUGGUAAAACCAUCACUUUAGAGGUUGAACCUGCAGAUACCAUCGAGAAUGUUAAAGCCAAGAUCCAAGACAAGGAAGGUAUCCCCCCAGAUCAGCAACGUCUUAUCUUUGCCGGAAAACAGCUUGAAGAUGGAAGAACUCUUUCUGACUACAACAUCCAGAAGGAAUCCACACUCCAUCUUGUCCUGAGAUUGAGAGGAGGUAUGCAGAUCUUUGUAAAAACCCUCACAGGAAAGACCAUUACCUUGGAGGUAGAACCAGCUGAUACCAUUGAGAACGUUAAGGCCAAGAUCCAAGACAAGGAAGGUAUCCCCCCAGAUCAGCAACGUCUUAUCUUUGCCGGAAAACAGCUUGAAGAUGGAAGAACUCUUUCCGACUACAACAUCCAGAAGGAAUCCACACUCCAUCUUGUCCUGAGAUUGAGAGGAGGUAUGCAGAUCUUCGUAAAAACCCUCACAGGAAAGACCAUUACCUUGGAGGUAGAACCAGCUGAUACCAUUGAGAACGUUAAGGCCAAGAUCCAAGACAAGGAAGGUAUCCCCCCAGAUCAGCAACGUCUUAUCUUUGCCGGAAAACAGCUUGAAGAUGGAAGAACUCUUUCCGACUACAACAUCCAGAAGGAAUCCACACUCCAUCUUGUCCUGAGAUUGAGAGGAGGUAUGCAGAUCUUUGUAAAAACCCUGACAGGAAAGACCAUUACCUUGGAGGUAGAACCAGCUGAUACCAUUGAGAACGUUAAGGCCAAGAUCCAAGACAAGGAAGGUAUCCCCCCAGAUCAGCAACGUCUUAUCUUUGCCGGAAAACAGCUUGAAGAUGGAAGAACUCUUUCCGACUACAACAUCCAGAAGGAAUCCACACUCCAUCUUGUCCUGAGAUUGAGAGGAGGUAUGCAGAUCUUUGUAAAAACCCUCACUGGUAAAACCAUCACUUUAGAGGUUGAACCUGCAGAUACCAUCGAGAAUGUUAAAGCCAAGAUCCAAGACAAGGAAGGUAUCCCCCCAGAUCAGCAACGUCUUAUCUUUGCCGGAAAACAGCUUGAAGAUGGAAGAACUCUUUCCGACUACAACAUCCAGAAGGAAUCCACACUCCAUCUUGUCCUGAGAUUGAGAGGAGGCAUGCAGAUCUUCGUAAAAACCCUCACAGGAAAGACCAUUACCUUGGAGGUAGAACCAGCUGAUACCAUUGAGAACGUUAAGGCCAAGAUCCAAGACAAGGAAGGUAUCCCCCCAGAUCAACAACGUCUUAUCUUUGCCGGAAAACAGCUUGAAGAUGGAAGAACUCUUUCCGACUACAACAUCCAGAAAGAGUCGACUCUCCAUCUUGUCUUGAGAUUGAGAGGUGGAAACUAAACAUAAUUUCGACAAAAUGUAACUGUUCCAAUGUGUAUUUUAUUCAAAUUUUUCCAUUUGCAAAUUUUUCCCUAUCAUUAAAUAAAGACAUGUAAUAUUCCAAAUUUCAAAAUUAUGCUUUUACCAAAAAACCUGAAACUAUUUAAGUUAAUAAAUUAUAUCUUAAUGAUAUAUUACCAGAACCAUUCCAAGUAAAUAAAAAUAUUCAAAAUUUCAAAAUUCUGCUUUUACCAGAAAACCUGCAACUAUGUAAGUUAAUAAAUUAUAUCUUAAUUUUAUUGAGACCAAAUAAAGAAUUGUCAGAUAAA